CUGAAUGGUGUUUGUGUGUUACUUCGUGGAACACUGAAUCGGAGCACACUGACCGGAUCGAGUACGUUGCAUUUCGAUGCGGAGAGUGCUGCGAUCGAGGACGUUCGCAGGCGAGAGAUCCUGUCCCAGUACGGAGAUCGAAUAAGAACCAUACAACGACGAUUCAAUCUUCAAUCCUGA